AACAAGGUCUUCACUUCUACUCCGAACCAUUGACUCGCACACAGCACUAAAACUGUGCUAAAUUCGCUGGUUUUCUUCUGUCUGUGUUGUGAUAUUGCGGAACUGAUUCCUUUGAUAGCUUAGCUAAAGGAGGGCAGAAGCAAAAUAGAAAAAAAUGAAAAAAAAUUGAGGAAAAAGUAAGAACAGCAGGAAAUGGAAAUUGUCGCCGUACCCGUCACUGAAGCCGUUGUAUCAAAAGUUACGGAGAAUUUGGUUGAUUCAGUUUGGCGUCAAAUUGCAUAUGUAUGGAACCACAAAAGCAAUAUCAAAGACCUUAAAUAUGCAGUGGACCAACUGAAAGAUGAAAAAACAGCUAUGGAGCAUCGGGUGGAGGCUGCUAGAAGAAAUGGUGAAGAAAUUGAAGAAAGCGUAAAAAAUUGGCAGACAAUAGUGGAAGAGACAAUUAAAGUGGCACAGAAGAUUCUUGAUGACAAUGAGAAAGCCAAUAUGACUUGCUGCUUCAUCGGAUGCUUUUCGAAUUUGAAGAGGCGCCACCAGUUCAGUAGAAAAGCAAAGAAGGAGAUUGUGGAAAUUGAUAAAGUCCGACAAGGUGGAAAGUUUGAAAUUAUUUCCUACCUUAGACCUUUGCCAGGGAUAAGGUCUGACAAAGAUUACAAGGCAUUUGAAUCCAGAAGGGUAGUUUUGGAGGAAAUCAUGGAGGCUAUCAAGGGUACUGAUGUCAGUCUGAUUGGAGUAUAUGGCAUGAGUGGUGUGGGUAAGACCACACUAGCGAAAAAGGUUGCGGAGCAAGUUAAGGAAGAUGGGAAUAUCAAGGUGGUGGCUUUUGCAGAAGUAACCAAGAAUGUGGAUGUCAGAAGAAUUCAAAGAGAUAUUGCGGAGUGGUUAGGUCUCCAAUUUGAUGUGGAGUCAAUUGGAGUAAGGGCAGCUCGAUUAUGUGAGAGACUUAAACAAGAGGAGAAGUUUCUUAUAAUUCUAGAUGAUAUUUGGGAAAAACUCAAACUGGAGGAUAUAGGAAUUCCUUUUGGCAACGAUCAUAAAGGAGGCAAGAUACUUAUGACAUCCUGCAGUUUAAAAGUAUUGAAACCAAUGGAUGUACAAAGACAUUUUCAGCUUUUAGAAUUACAGCUUGAAGAGGCAUGGCAUCUGUUUGAGGAGAAGGCUGGUGAUGUCGAAGAUCCUGAUUUAAAACCCAUGGCUACUCAAGUAGCAAAUAGAUGUGCGGGUUUACCCAUUCUUAUUAUGGCAGUCGCAAAGGCAUUAAAAGGCAAAGGGUUGCAUGCAUGGAGUGAUGCCUUGUUAAGGUUGAAAAGAUCUGAUAAUGAUGAGUUUGAACCUCGAGUUAACUCAGGCCUAGAGAUUUGCUAUAACGAGUUGAAAAAAGAUGAAGAAAAGUCCUUGUUCCGACUUUGUGGACAACUUGCUCCUCAAUCUAUAUUAAUCAGAGACUUGUUGAAGUAUUGUAUGGGGUUGGGCUUAUUUAAUCAAAUCAAUACUGUGAAACAAUCAAGAGAUCGAUUACUUACACUACUCCACAGCCUCAAAAGUUCUUGUUUGCUACUGGAAGGAGAGGAUGACCACCAUGUCAGAAUGCAUGAUGUUAUUCACAGGUUUGCAUUGUCAGUUGCAUCCAAAGAUCAUAAUGUCUUCAAUAUAGCAUAUCACAGUGUGUUGGAAGAAUGGCCGGAGGAGGUCAUAUUCCGACAGUUCACUGCAGUUUCUUUGACGAUUGCAAAAAUCCCUGAGCUUCCUCAAGAACUUGAUUGCCCAAAUCUCCAGUCAUUUAUAUUGCGCAGUAAGGAUCCCUCACUAAAAAUCCCAGAUAGUCUUUUCAAUAAAAUGAAAAAACUGAAGGUUUUGGAUUUAUCUUUUAUGCAUUUGUCGCCAAUGCCUCUAUCAAUUAAGUCUCUAGAAAACCUUCAAACCUUGUGUCUGGAUCACUGUGUUUGUGAAGAUAUUGCUGUAAUUGGGGAGCUACAGAAGUUGCAAGUUCUCAGCUUAAUUAACUCUUCUAAUGAUCAACUACCAACAGAAGUAGGGAAAUUGACUCGUUUGCGACUGCUGGACUUGAGCAGAUGUCAAAGACUUGAAGUGAUUCCUGUAGGUGUCUUAUCAUGCUUGACCCAGUUAGAGGACUUGUAUAUGGGGGACAGUUUGGUGAAGUGGGAAAAUGAAGAGCGUGGUGGUCAAAGGAGCAAUGCUAGCCUAGAUGAAUUGAAGCUUCUAAAAAAACUUGUCACUCUUGAAUUGCAUAUCAUUGACGCAGAAAAGCUUCCCGAAAAUCUGUUCUCUGAAAAGCUGGAAAGAUUUAGAAUAUUCAUUGGAGAAGAUUGGGACUGGUCCGGUAAAUAUGUAAUGUCAAGAACGUUGAAACUCAAGGUCAAUAGAAGCACUGAACUGGAGAGAGUUAAAGUCUUGCUGAAGAGAAGUGAAGAUUUAUAUCUGGAGGACUUAAAGGGUGUUAAAAAUGUGCUCUAUGAAUUAGAUUGGCAAGGUUUUCCUCAGUUGAAACAUCUCCAUCUCCAAAAUAGUCAAGAGAUUCAAUGUAUUGUAGAUUGUUUGAGGAUGGGCAAUUUCAUUGCUUUCCCUAGGUUGGAUUCCUUACUUCUGGAUAAUUUGAGUAACUUGGAGAAAAUCUGUUACAACCAACUUAGGGAAGGGUCUUUUAGCAAAUUAAGAAAGCUAAAUGUGAGAAAUUGUAAUGCAUUAAAGAAUCUCUUUUCAUUCUCAAUGUUUAGAAGCCUUGCACAUUUAGAUGAAAUUGACGUAAACAGCUGCAGAAUUAUGGAAGGGAUUGUUGCUGAAGGUGAGGGUGACAAAGAUGAAGUACUUGAGUGUAUGAAAUUGCGCUCCUUGACUCUAGAACAUCUGCCUGGAUUUUCAAGCUUUUGCUCGCAAGUGAAGGUGGAGGAACAAGCAACAGCUACUGCAGGCUGUAGUCAAGUUACAAUUGAAAACCAUUCUGAAACACUCGGGUUACUUUUCAGCAAAAAGACUCAGUUUCCUGGUUUGACGGAUCUGAAAUUAUCCUCAAUUAGCAUUGAAAAGAUAUGGUCCACUCGACUCAUGGAGACAUCUGCAAGCAUUCAAAACUUAACAAGCUUGAUUGUGGAUGACUGUGGGAACUUGAGCUAUUUAUUUACAAACUUUAUGGUUAAGAAUUUUACCCACCUCAAGAAGCUUGAGAUAAGCAAUUGCAAUUUCAUGGAAGAGGUAAUAGUUGCACAAGAACUGGAAGAUGGGAUGGAGAGCAAGAUUUUCCCCAAACUAGACUUUUUAAAACUCAAAUGUCUUCCGAUGUUCAUUAGAUUUUGCACUAGCAAUCUACUUGAAUGUCCCUCUCUGAAAGUGCUGUGGAUUGAGAGUUGCCCUCUGUUGCAGACAUUUAUCUCUCCUCCUAUGAGUAACAAUGGUGCUGGACAAGGGCGUGCAGCUCUCUUUGAUGAAAAGGUUUCAUUUCCUGACUUGGAGGAAUUGCAUAUUAUUUAUAUGCAUAAGUUGAAGAUGAUUUGGUUUGAUAAACUGCAAGCAGAUUCCUUUGGCAAAUUAAAAGUAUUGAAGGUGAAAUACGGGAAUGAAUUAUUGAAAAUAUUUCCAUCUGAAAUGUGGAGAAGAUUUCAUGCUGUAGAAGAACUGGAGAUAUUGAAUUGUGUUUUACUGGAAGAGGUAUUUAAUCUCCAAGCAAUAGUGGGAGUGCAAGAAACAAGGCAUGUUGCAGCAGCUAGUCAACUGAGAAGUUUGUUUAUACACAACCUCCCAAACUUGACGAACGUGUGGAAUGGGGAUCCUGAUGGAAUUCUCACAUUUCAUAACCUACGAUUUGUCAAGGUUUGGCAAUGUCCAAGUUUGAAAAGCCUGUUUCCGUUUUCAAUUGCUGAAGGUCUUAAACAACUUGAAUCCCUUCAUUUAAGUAGGUGUGGGGUGCAGGAAGUCGUUGCAAGGAAGGAAGGAGGAAAGGGAAUUCCUAAAUUUGUGUUUCCUAGACUAAAGAUCUUAGUCCUUUAUAUAUUAGAAGAGCUAAAGUGUUUUUACGCGUCAGAACACACUAUCGCAUGUCGACUGCUAAAAAAGUUGACUAUUUUUAAAUGUGAGAAAUUGGGAAUAUUCACAUCAGGAGCUGAAGCCAAGGAGCAGCAAGAGAACCCACAAAAUAUGCAAGUUGUGAAGCCACUUUUUCCAUUUAGAAAGAUUAUUCAUAACUUGGAGGAAUUAGCUCUAGACUACAAAGAUAUUAUGAUGAUACAGCAUGGCCAAUUUCCAGUAGAGCUCUUUCACAAACUUAAAGUUCUUAAUCUCCAACAUUUUGGUGAUGAUUCAACGAUUUUUCCAUUUGAUCUUCUCCAGAAAUUCAAGAAUUUGAGGAGACUUGUUUUAACGUCUUGUUAUUUCGAAGUGUUACUUCCAAAUGGAAUCAAUGUUGGUGAGAAUGCAAGGAUUCUCUCACAGAUACAAGGCUUGAUACUGAAUACCCUUCCUAAUUUAAGGUAUCUAUGGAACCCAGGUUGCCAACUUUCUGAAGUUCUUCAAAAUCUUAAAACUCUGACAACAAGGUGGUGUGACAGUUUGAUUAAUUUGGCACCAUCCUCCGCAUCUUUUCAUAAUGUUACCACUUUGGAAGUGUGGAGGUGUAACGGAUUGGUGAAGUUAGUAUCAUCCUCUACUGCCAAAAGUAUGGUUAACCUCACCAAAAUGAGUGUGAGGGAAUGCAAUGCGGUGACAGAAAUUGUAGCAAGUGAGGGAGAUGACUUACAAUUCCAAACUGAGAUCGUUUUCAAUAAAUUGGCAACUUUGACGCUUCAUUGUUUGAGAAGCCUCGCCAGCUUUCUCUCGUCAGAAAGUUACAUUAUUAAAUUUCCAUCUUUGGAAGAAGUAAGUGUGUCAGUGUGCCCCAAGAUGAAGAUUUUUUCCCAGGGAGGCCUCAGUGCUCCAAAGCUAAAGAGAGUAUAUCUGACACAAGAAAGAGAUGAAUGGCGUUGGAUUGGGGACCUUAAUACCACCAUAAAGCAAUUGCAUACCGGAAUGAUUGGAUUCAGGGGACUCCAGUAUUUGGAACUCUCUAAAUUUCCAGAGCUAAAAGAGGUAUGGCAUGGCCAACUUCCUGUCAAUUUCUUCUUCAGUUUAAGCACGCUGGUGGUAGACGAGUGUGAAUUUUCUUCUAGUUCUGUGCCAUCCGAUCUGCUACCUUGUUUGAAUAACCUGGAAAAGCUUGAGGUCAAAAACUGCAGUAAAGUGGAACAAGUAUUUGGUCUAGCACGGCCAAAUGCUAGUGGAGUUGCUGGGUAUCUAUCCAAGUUAAAUAAGUUGCAGUUAACUGAUCUACCAAGAUUGAGGCUUGUCUGGAAUGAGGUUCCUAAAGGGAGUUUCGACUUCAAAAAUCUGAAAAUACUGAAAGUCCACAGUUGCAGUAAGUUGAGAUAUGUAUUUACGCCUAGCAUGUGCUUGGGCCUUGUGCAACUCCAAGAGCUAGAAGUGAAAAGUUGUGAUGUGAUGGCAGAAAUUAUCAAUGAGGGCUUAGCAAUGGAAGAAACUAAUAAAGAGGUCCUAUUUCCUCUAUUAAACUCCAUUAUUCUGGAGUCUUUGCCCAGAUUAAUUAAUUUUAGUUCAGGAAGUAGUGUCGUGCAAUGUCCAUCUUUGAAAGAGAUAAGAAUAGUUGACUGCCCAACCACAUUUACUUGUACAUUUUUGGGGGAAGCAGAAGCAAAUGCAACACAUGGAAUCAUUGAGCCAAAGGUUUGUUCCCCUAACUUGAAGGACCUGAAGCUCUCUUCGGUUGACGUAGAGAAGCUAUGGCAUUCCCGACAGAUGGAAAUGUCUUCUUCGUUCCGAAAUCUAAUUAGUUUAACUGUGGAUUGCUGUGGCAAUUUAAAAUAUUUAUUGUCAUCAUCAUUGGUUAAAAGUGUUGUGCAUCUCAGAAGACUUGAGAUUAGUGAUUGCAAGAUGAUUAAACAAAUAAUGGUGAUGGAUGGACUCAAAGAAGAAACGAAGAAUAGGAUUCUACUUCCUCAACUACACUUCCUGAAGCUAAAAGAUCUUCCAGAACUGACACAAUUCUGCACAAGUGAUUUAAUUGAAUGCCCUGUUUUGAAAGAGCUAUGGAUACAAAACUGCCCUCAAAUGCUGAAUUUUGUCUCCUCUUCCGCAAGUGCAAACAUUUAUGAUACCAGUGAACUUGAGAUAAACUCUGCUCUCUUUGAUGAAAAGGUAGUGUUUCCCAAUUUGGAGGAACUGCAAAUUUUAAAUAUGGAUAAUUUGAAGAUGAUAUGGAGCAGUCAACUGCAAUCAGAUUCUUUUGGCAAAGUAAAAGUACUGAAGAUGGAGCAAAGUGAAAAAUUAUUGAAAAUUUAUCCCUCUGGUAUGUUGAGAAGUCUUCGAAAUCUUGAAGAUUUGAUCAUAAAGAAAUGCAGUACACUAGAAGUGGUAUUUGAUCUCAAAGAGGUAACAAACAUAAAAGAAAAAGUGGCAAGUCAAUUAAGAAAGUUGGUUAUGGAAGACCUCCCAAAUUUGAAUCAUGUGUGGAAUGAGGAUCGUUUAGGACUUGUUUCGUUUGAUAAGCUAAGCUCAGUGUACGUUAGUCAGUGCGACAGUUUGAUUACUUUAGCACCUUCCUCUGCUUGUUUUCAAAGUCUAACGACAUUGGAUUUAGUGAAAUGCAAUAAAUUAGAAAGCUUAGUGGCAUCUUCAACAGCCAAAAGUCUAAUCCAACUCACAGAAAUGAGUAUAAAAGAAUGCGAUGGGAUGAAGGAAAUACUAACAAACGAGGGAGAUGAACCAAACGAGGAGAUCAUCUUCAGCAGAUUACGAAGUUUGAAACUUCAGUGUUUGCCAAGCCUCCUUAGCUUUUGUUCAUCGGUGCACUGCUUCAAGUUCCCAUUUCUGACACAAGUAAUUGUGAGACAAUGCCCCAAGAUGCAGGUUUUCUCAAGGGGAUCUGUAAUCACACCAAAGCUGCAAAGUGUACAACAACUGACAGAAGAUAAGACAGACAAAGAGCGUUGGAGUGGAAAUCUUAAUGCCACCAUACAACAGCUGUUUAUAGACAUGGUUGAUGAUGAAGUGGAAAGGAGGUAGAGGGGGGAAUGUACCACAUAUUGUACGCAUUGCAAAGAGAGUGUGCUUGAUUGACAAGGCUACCACUUGGUGAUACCAAGUUUGAAAUAAAAAAAUCUGAAGAAAAGAAGUCACAUCUUUUUAUUUGUACAGCAGUACAGAGGCUGCUGUUAUAUAGACAGCUUUUUACAAAAAGAAACUAACAAAAUAAGAACCUAAAUUAAUGGCCAAUUACAUACAAUAUAGAGAGACUUUCUAUAAA